CAUCCUGCUUCGUCAGGUUUAUACCACUUUACUUGGUGUGCUGUGUUAGUCACCAUGUCUGAAACGGUGCCUCCCGCUCCCGCCGCCUCUGCUGCUCCUGAGAAACCUUUAGCUGGCAAGAAGGCAAAGAAACCUGCUAAGGCUGCAGCAGCCUCCAAGAAAAAACCCGCUGGCCCUUCCGUGUCAGAGCUGAUCGUGCAGGCUGCUUCCUCCUCUAAGGAGCGUGGUGGUGUGUCGUUGGCAGCUCUUAAAAAGGCGCUGGCGGCCGCAGGCUACGACGUGGAGAAGAACAACAGCCGCAUUAAGCUGGGCAUUAAGAGCCUGGUAAGCAAGGGAACGUUGGUGCAGACAAAGGGCACCGGAGCCUCGGGUUCCUUCAAGCUCAACAAGAAGGCGUCCUCCGUGGAAACCAAGCCCGGCGCCUCAAAGGUGGCUACAAAAACUAAGGCAACGGGUGCAUCUAAAAAGCCCAAAAAGGCCACGGGGGCUAGCAAAAAGAGCGUCAAGACUCCGAAAAAGGCUAAAAAGCCUGCGGCAACAAGGAAAUCCUCCAAGAAUCCAAAAAAACCCAAAAUUGUAAAGCCCAAGAAAGUAGCUAAAAGCCCUGCUAAAGCUAAGGCUGUAAAACCCAAGGCGGCCAAGGCUAAGGUGACGAAGCCAAAGACUGCCAAACCCAAGAAAGCGGCACCCAAGAAAAAGUAAAUUCAGUUAGAAGUUUCUUCUAGUAACCCAACGGCUCUUUUAAGAGCCACCUACGCAUUUCAGGAAAAGAGCUGUAGUACGCAGAUGAAA